UAAAAGGAUUUCUUUUUAUAAAAACAUGUUCCCGUAUAUUCGAAGCGCGAUGGCGCUCCUUUCUCUGCGCUAUGCCACUUGUUCCUCCCAGGCAAGCCCUCCCUCCUUCCAGAAAACAGGAACGAGCUGUACCGGAAUCUCAAGGAAAACCAGUCAAAGAUAAGAAAAAACCCGCAAACUACCGACCACGAAUCGCUGAAAAAUUCGGCGCAACAGAUAGAAAGCUCUGAAAACGGAGAAAAAUGAAGAAAGAUGAUAGCAGAAAAACAAUAGAGGAAAAAAAAAAGAGAGCACCUCCUUCCCCGCCACCCGUCCCUUGUCAAGAAACUAGACAGUUGUAAUCACACCAAAGACGAGCGCUCCAACCGGCGUUGUUUUUUUUUGCCACCAUACCCGACCAAACCUUCUUUACUUUAGACAUAGGAUGCAAAAAGAAAAACGAAAAACCAGGAAAAUAGGGAAAAAAAGAAAAGAAAACAAAAACGGAAUGAAGAAAAAAAAAAUAGAGAAACAUUGGACACGCUUCCCCUCUCUCGUUCCAACCUUCGUUGGCGAGACAUUUUUCCAAAGCUCGCCACGGCCGCCUUUUUUGUGUAACACCUCCUCGUUCCUUAUCAACGAGUCCCCUCUAGUGAUGUAAUUUGCACACAAGUUGCAAAAUUGGUGCGGUUGUGUGUGUGCCCUACUAUUGCUGUUGUUGUAGCUGUCCUCGCUGUGCAGCUUGAUGAAGAUUCAAGAAUAAAAAGC